GUUAGCCAAACCGCUGGUUUCUUUAGAGUGAAGUAUUUAAAAGUUUUUUGUUCCGUUCCUCCCCUUCAUCGAAAACGCAUCCAACGAACGCGAGGCGAAGGAUCUAUUCGGCGGUGGACACCAUUGUAUGGCACAUCGCCCCGUCAGCGCAAUGUCUCGUCAAGAAUCGGAAAUGAUUAACCGCAGCCGUCGUGCCCUGUCCUCGGGAGCACUAACUGAUUCGAUCGAAAAGCUGCGCCACAUGUGCCUUGCCCGUGGAGCAUCCGGAAUUCUAGGUUUGGGCCGGUGCUUCCGUCGCAUGGAUGAUGACGGCAACAAGCAGCUGAACUUGGAGGAGUUCAUCAAGGGUCUGCACGACACCGGGCUGGACAUUUCGGCCGAGGAAGCAACGGAGAUGUUUAACAAAUUCGACACCGAUGGCAGUGGUUCGAUCAAUAUGACCGAGUUUCUGGUGGCGAUACGUCCCAACAUGUCCGAAUCCAGGGUGAACAUCGUGAAGCAAGCGUUUGCUAAACUGGAUAAAACCGGAGAUGGUUCCAUAACAAUCGAGGAUUUGAAGAACGUUUAUUCGGUGAAGAACCAUCCGCUGUACAUAAGUGGAGAGGAAACCGAGGAUGUCAUCCUGCGAAAGUACUUGGCAAACUUUGAGGAAAAUGGAAACGUGGACGGAACCGUAACCCAAGAGGAGUUCCUCAACUACUACGCCGGAUUGAGCGCAUCCAUCGAUUCGGACGCCUAUUUUGAUUUAAUGAUGCGCCAAGCAUUUAAGUUGUAAUCAUUGCCACACGGUUUUUGGUUUGCAACUGGUUUAAAAGUUUUUUUUUCUACACAACAUGCAUGUGUACAAGUUUCAUUGGGAAACCGUUAACUGAUGUGAACAAAUUUUGAGCACACUUCAAACUGCCUUAAGUAGAUGGAGAGGACAACCAAAGUUGAAAGCCUAACUUUUGUACUACGCUACGAGUGAGCGAGAUACACGAACAUUUUUAUCAAUUAAUGACACUGAAUUGCGCACAAGUGUUUCUUUAACGUUUAAUAAAUAUACAGUCCUUUGUUCAGAGUGA